AUGGAUUCGAAAAUUAAGUUAAAUUAUAAAAAUAUUGCAAUAAUCGCUAUCGUAUCAAUUUUAAUUAAUAUAAAUACUCUAAACGGCGGAUUUGUUUAUGAUGAUCAGCAAGCAAUUGUAUCAAAUGAGGAUGUUACGGGGAAAUUUUCGCUGAAAUCGAUUUUUUCGAACGAUUUCUGGGGUGUUCCAUUAUCUCAUACUGGUUCGCAUAAAAGUUAUCGACCAUUAACAGUAUUAUCAUUUCGUCUUAAUUAUGCUUUAACUGGCUCACAACCUUUCAGUUAUCAUCUUGUAAAUGUUUUGUGUCACGCAUUGGCAUCAAUCAUUUUUAUUAUUUUCGUUGAUCGCAUAUUUGAAAUGCAAAAAGUAUCAAAAUUAUUCUGUGGUUUAUUAUUUUGUGUUCAUGCAGUUCAUGUUGAAGCAAUUGCAAAUAUUGUCGGUCGAGCUGAUUUGCUUGCAACAAUUUCGAAAAUGGCACCGCCGAUAAUUAUUUGUGCUAUUGGAAUUUUAUUUAAAGAAACUGCAAUCGUUGCAUUACCUUUGCUUUCUAUUUUCGCAUUUUUUACGGCGAACAAAGGACGAUUGAAUCGUAUAUUAAUAUUUCUUUUAUCAACUUUAUUAUUCGCGAUAAUUCGCCUUUGGAUAAUUGGUUUUAAUGCGCCAAGAUUUAGUUCAUCAGAUAAUCCAGCAGCUCAUUCAACAAAAUUUCUAACUCGUCUUCUCACAUUUUUAUAUUUACCAUUAUUUCAUGCGAAACUUAUAAUUUUACCACUAAAUAAUUUUAUCGAUAGUAUGCAAUCGAUGUUAUCGUUAAGUUUGCUAAUUCUUCCACAUAUUAUUGCUAGCAAUCUUUUCUUCUACGUUGGAUUUGUUGCUGCCGAACGAAUUUUAUAUUUGCCGAGUACGGGUUACUGUAUUUUUAUUACUCUCCUAUUCGAACGGGGUCAAUUAUUGUUGAAUUUAUUCUAUAUAGUUAUGAUUAUAAGCCAUUCUAUAAGGUCGCUGAAUCGAAAUGCGGAAUGGACCGACGAAGAAUCCCUCUAUCGAUCCGCAAUUCAUUUGAAUCCUGCUAAAGCAUAUGCAAAUCUUGGCAAUAUCUUGGCUCAAAAAGGUUUGAAAGACGAGGCUCGUAAGGCAUAUUUGCAAAGCCUCCAACACCGACCAAAUAUGGCUGAUACGCAUUAUAAUUUAGGAAUUUUAUAUCAAAAUGAAAAUAAUUAUGAGAAUGCAGUUAAAAGUUAUCAAUCGGCGAUUUUUUAUCGACCAAAUCAUGCAUCAGCACAUCUAAAUCUUGGCUUAUCAUUAUCACUUAUCAAUGAAACGAAUUCAGCGUAUGAAAUCUUAAAAAAAUGCCUUCAGUUAAACAGUGAAAAUCUAAAAAAUCCUUUAUUACAUAAAAAAAUUCAAAUGGCUUGCGCAUAUAAUUUAGGAUUAUUAUUAGUGGAAAGUGAUAAAUUAAAUGAAGCGAUUAAAUAUUUUCAAUUAGCAAUAAAAUUUAUUCAAACGUCAACCAUUUCGUCAAAUAUUGCAAGCAUUUAUAAUAUGUUGGCUGAAACAUAUUUCAAAUUAGGCCAAUAUACGAACGCUGAAAAUUUCUAUACAAAAGCAUUGGCCGCUUCAUCAAAACAUAUAUCUGCUUACGUUAAUAUGGCCAAACUUAGGAAUCAUGAAAAGAAACAUUCCGAUGCAAUCGAUCUUCUAUCAAAAGCUUUAGAAAUAAACGAAACAAGAGACGAUUUACAUUAUCAAAUUGCUCUUCAAUAUUUUGAAGAAAAAAAUUAUUCCUUAUCACUUUAUCACUUAAUAACAGCAAAUCGUAUCAAUCCAAAUAAUAUAAAUUUUAUCAAUGCUCUCGCAAAUUUAUAUCGAAUCAUUAAUCGAAAAUUUGAUGCUGAAAUAUAUUAUAAACGAGUGGUGCAAUUGAAUCCAAAUUCAUCAACUUCGUACGCAAACUAUGGGGCAAUUCUACAUUUGAACGGUAAAUUUCGUGAAGCAGAAAAUAUGUAUAAAAAAGCAAUUCAAUUGAAUAGUAAUAAUCAAAUAUGCAAAGAUAAUUUAAUGAAACUUCAAAAAAUGAGAAUGGCAAAUUAA